CCUGACGUCAUUGUGGAGCGCCGCGGGCUCUCAGUUGGCGGCGGAUUCAAAAGGCCCAACGCAGUGUCCGGGACCCAGGCAGUCGUUAGAGCGCUGGAGUUCUCUUUACUUCCUCAGUAUUGGUUAGCUUGAGCAGAUCUCGAGAGGACCUCGGCAGCUGAGGCGGCCGGUGCCCGAGCGGGAGAAUGGCGCUUUCGACCACGGUCUCCCAGAGGAAGCAGAUCAAGCGGAAGGCUCCCCGAGGCUUUCUCAAGCGCGUCUUCAAACAACGGAAGCCUCACCUUCGUCUGGAGUCGCGUGGAGAUUUACUGGUUCAUUUGAACUGUUUACUCUUUGUUCAUCGAUUAGCAGAAGAGUCCAGGGCAAAUGCUUGUGAGGAUAAAUGUGGAGUCAUUAACAAGGAUCAUGUACUGGCUGCAGCAAAGGUAAUUCUAAAGAAGAGCAGAGGUUAAAAGUCAAGGAACGUGUUCUUGAAAAUUAUAUGAUAUGCUGUUUUAGGUGGUAACAAGUCAUUAACAUGUUUUUUAUUUUGGAUUUUUUCUGUGGGUUAUUAAAAUAUUGGCUAGAUGAGGAAUGUGUCUAUUUUUUUGUUGGCAUUGAAAUAUCUCAAACACAAAGGACUAUUUUACAUUUUAAAAAAAUCUAUUUUAAGAGAACUCUAGUUCUUUUUACUUGUUUUUUUCUUAUAAAUGUUUUAAAUAUCAAACAUGAAGUCUGACUGUUUUAAAUGGCUUGAAGAGAUGUACUUUAUACAAUUAAGUUUAUAUAUUUAGAUUUAACCACAGCUGUGCAACAAAUUUAAUUUCUACAGAAGGACAAUAUGGAGUCAGAUCAAGGUACAUUUUAAAUUUGUGUGCCCCCCCCAGUGCUUUCACAAAGCAAUACAAUCUACUUUUUUGUUAUAUCAAUAGUAACAAUAUAAUUAUCUGAACAUCACUUGGGUUUUUUCAAAACACAUCUUCUUCUCCAAACCAAAAAACAGGAAUUUUGGUCAAAUUCAGUUAUUUUCUUCAAAUUGUGUGGAUUUAGUAGGUGGGAUAUUUUCUCCCCUUAAAUCAUUUAGAAGUUUAUUGCAUAUAUCCAAUAGUGGUUGUUGUUGUUAUUAUUAUUAUUAUUAUUAUUUAACUUUUUGAGCUCAUUAUAGAUUCCAACUUGAAGCUACAAAGGUAGUACAAAGAGGACCCAUGUAUUCUAUACUCAGUUUUCCCAAUGGUUAUGUCUUACAUACUUACAGUAUAUCACAACCAGGAAUUUUUUUUUACAAGUAGUGUGUUUGUAGUUCUACACCAUUUUAUCAUUUGUAGAUUCAUAUAACUACUACCAUAAUCAAUAUAUAGAACUAUGUCAUUACCACAAAAUCUUCCUGAUGCUGUUCUUUUAUAGUUACACCUGGCCCACUAUGUCUUCCACCCUGGCAAACAUCCCUAACGCCUGGCAAGUACUAACUGUUCUCUGUCUCUGCAAUUUUGUAGUUUUGAGAGUGUCAUAUAAAUGAAAUUACAUAAGAGAUGAUCUUUGGAGAGUUGUUUUUUUUGUUGUUGUUGUUUUUUAACUCAGUAUAGUGAUUCAUUCAAGUUGUCAUGUUUUGGUAGUUCCUCUGUGUUCCCAAGUGAUUUUUUUCAUGGUGUGAGUUUAUCACAAUUUAACUGUUUACUUAUUGAUCGGUAUUCUGUCCCCUUCCCCAGUUUUGGGCUAUUAAAAAUAAAAUUGUUAUGAACAAUUGUAUAGUUUUUAUACAUGUAUCAAUUUUCAUGUCUCUGGGAUAAAUGCCUGGCAAUUUGAUUGCUGGGUCAAAUGGUAAAUAUAUGUUUAACUUCUAGAAAAGAAAUCACCAAACUAUUUAGAAUGGCUGUAUCAUUUUAUAUUUCUAUUAAUAGUAUAUAGAAGAUCACUGUCUUUACGUUCUCAUAAACAUUUACUGUUAAUUUUUUAAAUUUUAGUUAUUCUUACAGUUUUAAUUUGCAGUUUUGUAAUGGCUUACACUCGUUUUAAUUGCGCUGCUGAAACAAAGUAGUAUAAAGUGAGCAGCUUAUAAACAACAGAUUUACUUCUCAGUUCUCAUUGUUGGAAGUCUGAGAUCAGUGUGUCACCAUGCUUAAAUUAACACUUGUGUUCUGGUUUUUUUUAGAGUUUUGAAAUAUUUUGAAAAGUUCUCAACAUAAAGUUGCUUCUUCAUUAGUUUUUAUUAUUGUUUAGAUGAGAUGCCCCCCCCACUGGCCAAAGCUCCUGUUAAUGCAGGAAUAUGCUGAGGUCAAAUGUUUAAAUUAUGAGAGCCGUAAACUGAUCAGUCCAUCCUAGUUUCAAUGAACUGUUAACUGGGUGGAAGAAGUGUGUGUGUGGAUGCUUUGAAAGGGUUGUUCUUGCUGUGGCCCCUUCUUCCUCCACCACCUCUCUCUCUCUUUCCCCGCUUCCUGAUCCUGCCAUGCUCUGGGUAGUUUUCUCCCACACAACUCUUCCCCCAUGAUGUGCUAUCUCUCCUUGGGCCCAGAUCAGUGUAAUCAGUUCUCUGUGGACUGAGAUCUCUGAAACCAUGAAUCCCAAAUAAACUUUUCCUACAAA